UACUAGAGGCACAUAUUUACAUGAGCAGAGAAGCAAGCUGAAAUAAGGGGAAUAAGCGGAGCGGAUCAUGAAUAACGUGUUACCAAACAUACCGCACACAACAGCUCUCCUCAGAUUUUGGGAUUGAUGAGCGGAGUUUUUGUCAGAGGAGAGUUUGAGCUUCAAAGACGCGCUCCGGAGACCGGAGGGAUAAAGCCCUCUGCUGACUGCCUGUUUGGGAAGGUGUUACGCAUUUGCAAUGGUUUAAUGACUCGGAACUGCGGCCUCUUGUUGGAUGGGACAGGUGCAGUUAUUUUCACGCCAUGGGUCACUGAGGCGUCACAAAGUUGUUGUUUUUUCUUUUGUUUUUACUUGCUCAUUAAGAUUUUUUUUUUUUUAAACAUAAGACUCGUUUUCAAUAAGUUUAUUUGAUUAAAAUCAGUAUUUACAGACUGCCUGUGUAAACGAAUCGGUCUUAAACUUUAAUCCCACUCACGCACAGAUGCCACCGCGGCACAGUUUGACCGUGGGUUUACGCAUCUCUUGGGAAGAGAGAGAGCUGAAAAAAGCGUGUCUGUGUGCAUUUUUGUGAGGUGGGCAUCAACGCGCUGCCUUUCCACCAGUUCACUUUGUAAACAAACGAGGGGGGAAAAAAACAUAAGAGAGGGACUUCUUUCAUUCGGAUUCAUAAAUGGAGCUGCGUAAAUACCUGUUGUGCCUGGAGUUUAUCCUCCUUCUUAAAGAGCUUUGUCAGUGUUUUAACAUAGAUGUAAAGCACCCGCGAAUCUUCACCGGUCCAGAGGAUGCACUGUUUGGCUUCUCUGUCUUGCAGCAUGAAGCAGAUGGGGAGAAAUCGAUGCUGGUUGGUGCUCCCUGGGACGGGCCUCCCAACAACAGGAAAGGAGAUGUUUACAAAUGCAUUGUGGGAGAGGAGAAGAACUCAAACUGCAACAAAGUGAAUCUAGGUGAGACGGCUCUCCAGAAUGUUUCUAAAAAUCUGAGGAAUUCUCACUUGGGAAUGACCCUCACACCAGCUUCACCUGAUGGCUUCCUGGCAUGUGCUCCACUGUGGUCGCAAGAGUGCGGUACAUCUAUGUUCAGCACUGGCAUCUGUGCUUCUGUCAGCGAUGACCUAGAACCAAGAGGGACUAUUGCUCCAACAGCACAACGUAACUACACACACACACACACACACACACACACGUGCACAUUGUGGGAGAGAAACAAGUUGCAGGCCUGCUUCAACCAAGCAAACAAUUGUAAACUCCCAUAUCUGGCAGGGUGCUCGACAUACAUGGACAUCGUGAUUGUGCUGGAUGGCUCCAACAGUAUCUACCCCUGGUACGAGGUCCAGAACUUCCUCAGUAACAUCCUCAGCAAGUUCCACAUCAGCUCAGACCAGAUGCAGGUUGGUAUUCUGCAGUAUGGCGAGGUAGCUGUUCAUGAGUGGUCUCUGAAGGACUACCAGACCACACAGGAGGUAGUGGAGGCCGCCAAGAACAUCAGCCGCCAGGAGGGACGGGAGACGCGCACUGCAUAUGCCAUCGAAACAGCCUGCACAGAGGCUUUCAGUCCUGAGCGUGGAGCGAGAGAAGGUGCCACUAAGGUGAUGAUUGUGGUCACAGACGGAGAGUCCCAUGAUGGGGACGAGCUAGAAGGCGCGCUGGAGAAGUGCAAAGAAAGAAACAUCACUCGAUAUGCCAUCGCUGUUCUGGGUCAUUACAUCCGGAGACAGCAAGAUCCUGAAAGUUUCAUUAAAGAGAUCAAGUUCAUCGCCAGCGACCCUGAUGACAAAUAUUUUUUCAAUGUGACGGACGAAGCUGCGCUCAAUGACAUUGUGGAUGCACUGGGCGACCGCAUUUUCACUCUGGAAGGUACACUGGGUUACAACGAGAGCUCGUUCCACAUGGAGAUGUCUCAGAUUGGCUUCUCCACGCACACUCUGGAUGACGGAAUUCUGUUUGGCAUGGUGGGGGCCUAUGACUGGGAUGGCGGUGUGUUGAAAGAAAGCACCAACGGACGAAUCAUGCCAUCGAGAGAGGCCUUUGAAAGCGAGUUUCCUCUGGAGCUCAAAAACCAUGCUGCUUAUUUAGGUUACACGGUGUCCUCUGUGAUAAUUGGUGACUGGAAGAGGCUGUAUGUAGCUGGAGCUCCUCGUUUUAAACACAAAGGCAAAGUUAUUCUGUUUGAACUCAGUGAUGAAGGCGAUGUCAACAUUCUGCAAGCACUCAAUGGAGAACAGAUUGGCUCCUAUUAUGGCAGUGAAGUGUGUGGGUUGGAUAUCGACCAGGACGGCAUCACUGAUGUCCUUCUGGUUGCUGCUCCAAUGUACCUUGGCUCAGGAAACAAGGAGGCUGGUAGAGUCUACAUCUACACCCUCAGUGGAGAGGAGGUUUUUGUACCCAACGGUACACUGAAGUCAGACAAUAAGUCCCAGGAUGCCAGGUUUGGUUAUGCACUGGCAGCCGCUCCAGAUCUUAACCAUGAUGGCUUCACUGAUUUGCUGGUGGGAGCCCCACUCGAGGAUGAACACCGGGGGGCCAUCUAUGUCUAUCAUGGAGACCGUAUUUAUGUCAUCCACAACUAUAAACAGCGUAUAGCUGCAUCAUCAGUUUCCCCAUCGCUGCAGUAUUUUGGCCGAAGUUUGAGCGCUCGGUUAGAUUUGGAUGGAGAUAACCUAAUAGACUUGGCAGUGGGAGCGCAGGGAAGUGCUGUACUGCUCAGCUCUCGCAGCAUCGUCCAGAUCAAUGUGAGUCUCUCCUUCCAGCCGCACUCCAUCAAUGUCAUUCAGAAGACCUGCCAGAGGGGAGGGAGAGAAUCAGCCUGUCUGAACGCCACUGCCUGCUUUACAGCCGUCUCCCGUUCCCCCGGACCACAAAGCAACAGUUUCGAUCUGUGGGUGUGGGCCAUGUUGGAUGACAGGAAGUUGUCAGCACGAGCCCUAUUUGAUGACACCUCCCACCGGCAGACCCAGCUGGCAGUCCAAGUCCAGACAGGGAAAACUCUGUGCUACAAAUUGCCCUUCCAUGUCUAUGAUACAGCAGAUUACAUCCGUCCUAUCAGCUUCUCACUGUGGUUUAAGAUCAACGAUACAGAAAGUGGUCCUGUGCUGGAUGAAGGGUGGCCAACUACUGUCAAGAAAUCUAUCCAAUUUUUUAAAGACUGUGGUGAGGAUGAUGUGUGUACAACUGACCUGGUACUACAAGCACACAUGGACAUCUCCGGGACAAGACAGAAGCCUUAUGUGAUUCGCAGCCCUCGUAGGCGUCUGGCAGUGGAGGUGCAGCUUCAGAACAGACUGGAAAACGCCUACAACACCAGCCUGACGCUGCACUACUCACGCAACCUCCACUUCUCCAGCCUUAGCAUCAGGGAGGUUGCCCACUUCAAGAUCGAGUGCACAGCACUUAGCGCCAACAGCCACUCAUGCAACGUCAGUUAUCCAGUGUUCCGCUCCCAGUCAAAGGUUAACUUUAUGUUGGAGUUUGAAUUCAGCUGCACAUCUUUGAACAAUCGAGUGCAAAUGAAGCUCCAUGCAUCCAGUGACAGUGUGGAGAGAGAAGACACUUUGGGGGACAACAGUGUUCAGCUGCAGACUUUUGUUCAGUAUGAACCAGAUCUUUUUGUUAGCAGUGAAUCUAAUUUAAACCGCUAUGAGGUCCAUCCUACUCGGACAAUGUCGGAAGCAAUUGGACCAGAAUUCUACAUACAGCUCAGGCUGCAGAAUCUCGGCUGUUACUCUGUGAGUAAUCUGGAGCUGCGGCUGCAUCUGCCCUCUGUGGCUGCAGGAGACAGUGUCUUCAUGACUGUCACUGAUGUCUUCUCAACAAACGCCACAGUGAACUGCAGUGUGCUCAGUGAUGUAGUACAGCUGAAGGCCAGACAGGGAGAUGUGCGCCCCCUUCAUCCUGAAGACAUGAUGCAGGAUGACAUAUUGAACUGUAGCAGGUCAUGGUGCACAGAGGUCGUGUGUCAGGUCAAGCAGCUUCCAAGAGGGAAGGAUGCCAUUAUUCGGGUCAGCCGCAGGGUUCAUGAUGAUUUCUUCAGACAAGCCAAAUAUAAGUCAGUGAGGAUAAUAGGUGUAUAUCGCCUCGCGGCUCAGGAGACUAACCUCAUUACUUUGAGCGCAGGAACAGUCUGGAGGGAGACUGUGCUCGAGGUGCUGAAGGGCCGAGCUAUUCCCAUCUCGCUCUGGAUUCUGAUUGGUAGCAUCAUAGGGGGUUUGCUGCUGCUGGCCCUCAUUAUCUUUGUACUGUGGAAGCUUGGAUUCUUCACACGCAAACAGAGAGAAGAGGAUGAAAACCACGAGGACUGAGCACAGCUUCUGCUGCCACGAACACACUCAUCUGCAAUGAAAACGACCCACCUCCUAGCAGACAGAGAUAAUCCUGGGAUGGGACUUGAGUCACAGACGCAGCAGGGAUCUUCAGGACCAAAGAGAGUAUUGGGGGGGAUAUAGGGUGGGGUUCAACAAUAAUGCACUACCCACCAUUUCCAGGGUCAGUGGCACUUAUGUAAAUAAUCUUUUUCUAAUUUUAAAGAAACGCAAAGCGUAUUAAACCACAGUUCUUCUAUUUAACUUGCAGACAUUUUUAUGGUUUUAUAUUUCAGUCAC